GCCAUUUUUGUUGAGAAAAACAUGAGUGGCUUUGUGGCGGCUCAACCUCCUGACUUUGAAAUGUUGAACGAAUUUGAUAGACUCUUGAAACAACUACAGUGGUCAAGAGUUUCAAGAAAUGUCCAUGUAGCAAUGGAGAAUGGUUUCGUUUAUUCACUUGUUUCGCUGAGAACAACGGACGUCGAUCCUGGAGACCAAAUAACUCUGGGAGGAAGUCGUCACGGUGAAAGGCUAUUAGUAAGAGCUUUGGAACCGGAACAGUUGGCAAUUUAUUUGCGAAUUUGGGUGCAUAGAAGACCACAGCAAGACUUAGCCAAAUAUAUCCCGCCAGUUAACUUGAGCUUUGCGGUGAAGCAAGAACUCUUGCUUCUGCGUUCUAACGCCGAAGAGAUACCUUCAACAAUUACCCAGUUAUCCAAGGAUAUCACUAUUUUGAGUCAAGCCAACUGUGUUUUUGCAGGCCUUGUUGGAAUCCAAAUUGUAUAUUUGCUUGAGAAGAGCCCUAUCAGAGCCACACGACAGGAUCCAAGUUUAGCUCACAAACGUCUGCAGGGCAGUUCACAACGAACGGAAGCAGAUAAUGAGCUUCGUACCGGUUCCCAACAACGCAGUGCAGUUCCUAACUUGCCACCAGUUACUGUCUUCCAACCAAACUUUGAACCAACACCUUUAGCUGCUCUCGAUUUCCGUUGGACUUUGGAUGUAUACCCAAAAGAUUCUACUGCUGAAAAGGAAGCAUUAGUUAAUCAGACACUUUCUGUGAACGAGACUCACUCUUACAAUAAUUUUUUAUCCUCAAGUACCUCGUCAUCUGAGAGAUUUUUGGACGUGAAUGGACACAAGGCAAUAGAGUCAUUGGUGAAGUACAAUGAGGAGCUAAAAAAAUCGCGACGUGCGAAUGAAAAGAAGAUCCCCUCGGUAUUAUGUUCCAUGCAGAAACUCGUACCCUCAAAAGAUGAAGCAAGUUCCGAAUCUUUCUGAACACAAAUACUUAAAUGCGUUUGG